UCGGUCCCAGUGGCUUUCUUUGCUGAUGACACAGUUCAACUCUCAGCGGAUGUGCGGUGUCUGCAACAACAACUCAGCCCAGUUGAUCUGUAUUGUGCUGGUUCGUGUGCAAUGCUCAAUCCAGAAAAAAGUGUGAUCAUGAGCCUCAAUAACCAUCGG